UGCAUUUAGAGGAGGUUUUGAGCUCCUGAGCAUGUCUACAUGUGUGAAACAUAAUAACAUUGAUUUCUUUUUAAAGGAAGCGAGAUGACUACGUCCACAGACAUGGUGAGUAUGAAGAUCACGCCUGAGGUCCUGCAGGAGCUGCUGCGCUAUUACAACCUGUCCCGUCAGGAGUUCAUCCACACGUACAACAUCCGGCCCCUGGUGUACGUCCCCGAGCUGCCGGCCGGAGCCAAGGCCAUGUUCGUCAUCAUGUACACGCUGAUCUUCAUGCUGGCGCUGGUGGGAAACAGCCUGGUGGUGUGUGUGGUGGUGAGGAAGGGCUCAAGUCAGAGCGCCACCAACAUCUUCAUCUGCUCUCUGGCCAUCAGUGACCUGCUCAUCACCUUCUUCUGCAUCCCCUUCACUCUCCUGCAGAACAUCUCAGCUCAGUGGCUCGGAGGUGUGUUGGUGUGUAAGACAGUUCCGUUUGUCCAGACCACAGCGAUUGUGACGGGGAUUCUCACUAUGACGUGUAUCGCAGUGGAGAGAUAUCAGGGUAUCGUCCAUCCACUCAAGAUGAAGAGGCAGUACACACCACAGCGAGCCUACAGGAUGCUGGGAUUGGUUUGGCUGAUCUCAGUCAUGGUGGGGUCGCCCAUGCUGUUCGUCCAGCAGUUAGAGGUGAAAUACGACUUCCUGUAUGAGAAUCAUCACGUGUGCUGUCAGGAGCUGUGGAGCUCAGAGCUUCAGAGGAAGUCUUAUACCACCUUCAUCAUGGUGGCUUUGUUUGUGCUGCCUCUGGCCGCCAUGUUGUUCCUCUACACACGCAUCAGCAUCGAGCUGUGGAUCCGCAAGAGGGUGGGGGACGCCUUCGUCCUCCACACCAUCAACCACACCCAGAUCAACAAGAUCUGCAGGAAGAAGAAGCGUGCGGUGAAGAUGAUGAUCACCGUUGUGCUGCUGUUCACCAUCUGCUGGGCUCCUUUCCACACCGUCCACAUGCUGUUCGAGUACAAUAAUCUGGAGCACAAGUAUGACGAGGUGACCCUGAACAUGAUCUUGGCCGUGGUUCAGGCCAUCGGUUUCUCCAACUCUUUCAACAACCCCAUUGUUUACGCCUUCAUGAACGAGAGCUUUAAGAAGAGCUGCGUCUCGGCUGUGUCCUCCAUCCUGCGCAGGAUGAGAGUGCACAACGUCAGAGUUCACUUCACCAAGCCUCGUCACGCCACCAGCGCUAACGCUAACACCAACAGCUUGGAACUCCAUGACCAGACCAGUUGA